UAGACCCAUUUUAAAACCCUAAGUAAGAGCCCAUAAAUCACUUGCUCACUCACUAUGUAAACCCUAAUUUCUCUAUCAUCACUCUUUCACAUUGCCUUCGUUUUUCCGAUUCCGUUGCGUAGAUCCACCAUUGAGAUGGGUGAAGAGGCGAAAUCAAUUGUUCCAGAGUCUGUGUUGAAGAAGCAGAAAAGGGAAGAAGAAUGGGCUUUGGCGAAAAAGCAAGAAAGUGAAGCUGCUAAGAAGAAGAGAGCUGAGAAUCGUAAGCUGAUUUACAGCAGAGCUAAGCAGUAUUCUCAGGAAUAUGAGGAACAGGAUAAGGAAUUGAUUCAAUUGAAACGCGAGGCUAAGCUGAAAGGUGGAUUCUAUGUUGAUCCAGAGGCUAAGCUCGUGUUUAUUAUCCGUAUUCGUGGUAUUAAUGCCAUGGACCCAAAGACAAGAAAGAUUUUGCAACUGUUUCGGUUGAGACAGAUUUUCAAUGGUGUAUUCCUCAAAGUUAACAAAGCAACAAUGAACAUGUUGCACAGGGUUGAGCCUUAUGUGACUUAUGGAUACCCAAAUUUGAAGAGUGUUAGGGAGCUCAUUUACAAGAGAGGGUAUGGAAAGCUAGACAGGCAGCGGAUUGCUCUCACCGACAACUCCGUCAUUGAGCAGGGUCUAGGAAAGCAUGGAAUCAUAUGCAUCGAAGAUCUUAUCCACGAGAUCUUGACAGUUGGACCACAUUUUAAGGAGGCAAACAACUUCCUUUGGCCAUUCAAGCUCAAGGCUCCAUUGGGUGGCUUAAAGAAGAAGCGUAACCAUUAUGUUGAAGGAGGUGAUGCUGGAAACCGUGAGAAUUUCAUCAAUGAGCUAAUCAGGAGGAUGAAUUAAACCUUUCCAGUGCUCAAUCAUCUAGGAAGGGACAAUCAAUAUUUCUUUGUUGGCUUUUAGAUCAAGAUCAGACAUUUACGCAUCUGAAAUUCAUCUGAAAUUUUGAAAAUAGCAGAUUGACUUUUAUAAAUUGUUUUUUCUAAGCUUGAAUUUGGUUUUCAUAUUUUAUCUGAGAUUGAUGAGUUAUGGAUUUAUGAGUAUGAUUUGGUUUAUUUUAAUGCUUAGGUAUCUGUUCUUUUUGUUUGA